CGGCGCCACCAAGGGUUUCCAUGGAGAAUGAACAAAUGAUAGGUCGACCAACAAUCCCUCAACAAUCGACUUAUUCCUUUACAAUUCGAUUCAAUAAUCAAAAUGGUUACCAUCGUUUCGAACAUGGACUGUGGUGAUUUUUUAGAAUUCCAGGAUAAUUUACGGAACAUGAGGCUUUUGGAUGACAAAAUCAUCUACACAUUAAAUACAACAAUACCAACCGAAUCAUUCAAAGGUCAAGUGGAUGCAAAGGGAAAGUGCAAGGAGCUUUUUAACCAAAUUCAAACAGGUCAUGCUCAGAGAGCCGUAGCCAUACAGAAGUGUAUUGGCGCUGCUCGAGAACGAGUGAAUACUCUUAAGGAGCAACGGGAUGCCGGCAAAGAGAACCCUGAAAUUAUUAAAGCACUAAGAAAGGAGCAGAACAAGUUACGUUUGUUGCAGUCAGAAUUGAAUGUAGAAGAAGUUGUUAAACAGCAAACUGCUCGUGUAUAUUCCGAGCGAUGCCGACCAUUCUACAAACCUCCAAAUCUAGAUUUAUGAGGAUUGAAUUGAUCCGGACUUUCUUUAUACAAGUAGUUGUUUUUUUUUUACAAAAAUGUACGGUGACAUAAAGUUGAUUAGCAUCAUAAUAUUUGAAAUUGUGAAUGCGCCCAGCCUCUCAGCCAGAAAAGCCAUACCAUCUGGAAAGUGAACAUUUAUCAACAACCAUUUUAUUUGCGUUUGAUCACCAAUUUAUUUUGUACUCACAUUUCGUGAAUACAUGAUAGCAAUAGACUUCUAUAAAGUUCUUGAAGAGUGGUGGUGUAAAUAAAUAUCUAUAAUAUGAAA